GUUCUUAUCCACAAUCUGGAAAAUUCUACUAUCCAAAAACAAAGAAAAGAACUGCAGUUGCUGAUUGUUGAGCUGAAGGAUCGAGAUAAGGAGCUCAAUGAUAUUGUAUCACUGCAACAAAGGCAGCUGCUUGCUUGGGAAAAUGAUCGACAAAAAAUUCUUACACUGGAGCAAAAGUGUGCCAGACUGGAAAGUAAUCUGCACAAAAGGAACAACAUAAUCAAAUCAUUAACCAAAAGGAUAAAAGUUCUGGAAGAUCAACACCAGGAUCGGAGGACAAACUUGGAGAACACCCAGCAGCAACUUCAGGAGAUCUCUCUCAUAGCAACAGAAGCUAAUAAUCAUUGUCAAGACUUGGAGGGAAAAAAUCGACGCUUGAGCGAAUCGGUCUUGAAGUUGUCAGGACAAGUUGGGCAGCUACAGGCCCAAGAAGAAGAGCUUUCCACUUUAUUAAAGUUGAAGGAUAAAGACAUCAUAGAAGCUACUGAACACAUCGGAGAGUUUACAUCUCGAUUUAAGGAUUUAGAAGCAGAAUUGCGCAAGACCAGACUUAGGGAAACUACGCGUAUGAGGGAAACACAAGAUCUUGCUCCCAAGCUCAAAGGGCUGAAGACUGAAGUUUAUAAGCUAAAAGAUGACCUGAGCCAGAAGACAGUGGAAAACAAUGAGCAGAGGGAAGAAGUCAUCCGCCUAAAACAGGAAAGUGCCUACUUACAGGCUGAACUGGUCUUUGCAGCUGAAAGAGAAAAGCGAAAAGAUCAACUGCUUCAACUGGCAAAAAUCAAAACAAGACCGAACAGACAUAGAGCUGCAAAACCUGCGGCAGAUUUACAUGAAGCAGCAACAUGAUUUACAAUUUCUUCAUCUGAAUUUGGAGUCCAAUGAUAGAGCACAGACAGACACAGAUCCCAGUGUUCCAUUAAACCUCAGUUCUUUGGUCUCCAAUGAAAGGGAUGAGUUUGUUGGGAGUCCUCAAAGCCUCCAUUCCAACUUCUUAUCAGACCUAAAGGCUCCAUUGAUGCAGUCAAGCCUAAAAGACUCAGGACCUUUCAAAUGGCAACAAAAUAUGUGCUCACCAACAAUGAAAUUGCAACGCUUGUUAGUGGAGUCUCGACAACUUGUUGCAGAUAUUGAACUCAGCAGUCUCCUUUCUACCUCACACUGUGGCUCCAGCCAGGAGUAUGAAGCAGAAUGCCCACACCAACCAAAAAUUCAAGAGACUGACCGUAUUGGCACUAAACCUAAGAAUUCCAAUAGUACAUG